UCUUUAAAUCUCAAACCAAUACCCCCUCUAAGUAUUGCUUUACUUUUGUUAAUCAUCUCUUACUGAUUGAAUAAAUUUUGAUGCCCGAAUCGUCACUGUUACCAUAUAUCUUAAGCUUUUAGCCGGUUUCUUCUGUUAGGCUUUGUUUGCGUUUGCGUUUGUUAUUUUGAUAGCACUGGGGAACUGAAGGAUUCUUAUCAAGUUGUUGACGAUAAUGGAACAGGAAUGCAAAAUCGGUGGUGAAGGUUUGAGAAAUCGAGAUGUUGUGAACAAGAACAGGAUCAGUGAGUUACCUGAAGCUCUGCUUCUGCAUAUAUUGUCUUCACUUCCGACAAAAACUGUCGUAGCCACUAGUGUUUUGUCCAAAAGUUGGAGAUCUCUUUGGACGUUGGUGCCAAAUCUCAAGUUCAAUUCUGAAUUUUACAGAAGUGAACACCAUAGAUUUUCAGAGAUUGUAUUCAGGUCUUUGCUUUCACAUAAAGCUCCUGUUCUAGAGAGUUUGCAUUUGGUAGUUGUAAAUAAAUCUGAAGUUUUAGAUGUUGGAAUUUGGGUUGGGAUUGCAUUUGCACACCAUGUGCGUAAAUUGGUAUUGGAUCUUCAUAACCAGGAGGAAGAGUUCGCCAGAUUACCGAGUGUUUUAUGGAGCUAUAGUAAUACACUCGAGACCUUGGAACUCAAGGAUUUGUUUCUUCUGGAUAUUCCUUCUUCAGUUUGCAUGAAAUCCCUUAGAAAGCUUCACCUUGACUAUGUGUGGUUCGAAGACGAAGAAUCUAUCUCCAAACUUUUUCGUGGCUGUCCCAGUUUGGAAGAUUUGUUCGUGAACAGAAAAAGCAAUCUCGAUGUGGGGACUUUCACCAUUGCAGUGCCAUCGUUACAGAGACUGGUCAUAGAAGAUUAUUUUGCAGGAGAAGGUGAUGGAGGCUAUGUGAUAAAUGCUCCUUGUUUGAAAUACUUGGACAUCAGUGGGUUGGAGUGGCUUGAGUUUUGUUUGAUUGAGAAGGCCCCAGAGCUGGUAGAGGCAAAAAUAGUUGACGUUUCUUAUAUAGACAAUGAGAACAUUUUAUUAUCUCUAACUUCAGUCAAACGUCUUACCUUACACUUAUCACCCUUCAAGAUCAAGUAUCCUACUAGUAUUAUCUUCUAUCAGCUGGUAUAUUUGGAGCUAGGUACACUAAAACGGUGGAAUCUACUUUCGCUCAUGCUCGAUAGUUGUCCCAAACUGCAAACCCUUAAGCUCAUCGACCGAUGGUGGUAUGCUAGAAAAGAUUGUCCAGUGGGUUGGGAGUGGAGUCAACGAAAAUGUGUACCUGAAUGUUUGUUGUUCCAUCUUGAGACAUUUAUGUGGACAAAAUACGACUGGCAACGAGAAGAUGACAAAGAAGUGGCCAUAUACAUCCUUAAGAACGCAAGACUCUUGAAGAAAGCAUUUAUCUCUACUGAAGCCAUCAAUUCUAAAGAGCUCGAGAAGUUGGAAAAGAGACGUGAGAUGCUCAACCAGUUGGCUACUGAGGUCAGGGAUUCAAUGUCAUGCCACCUCGAGUUCGAGUGUGCUACGUAUUCUUCUUAUUAUUAGGAUGUAUUCGUAACAUCUUUCACAAUGUGACAAUAGGAUUAAAAACAAAAUCAGUCAGAAAGUAAGGCCCUGA